AUGAGUAUUCAAGAUGAAAGUUUCCCCAAUGACGAGCUCUUCGACAUGGUGCUGUCACCGGCGCCACUCCAAAGAUUUCAAUUCCCCCAUCGUCUGCGCGAGCGUCAGCACCAGCACAAGCUCUGCCUGGCGGAGCGUAGCAAAAGUGCGAUCACAUUAAUUCACAACCUUAGCACUUCCAGUUCUUCUGCCGAUCAAACAAUCUCAUCAGCUGAGUCCGCCACGGAGCAGCAGCAGCCUGUCGAUGUCACAACGACUGAUGAUCGUAUGAGUAAAAGUGAUCAAACAGGCAUAUCCAGUAGCGGUGAGACGCGCCCACAACUACUCGAACGUGAUCGAAAAUCAUACUCUUAUCAAGAUAUACAUUCGGAGUAUACGAAGCGUCGCUACAAGCAUGUCGAAAGCAAAGUUGGACAAUAUAUAGCGAAUAUACGUAACGAGGACGAGCGACGACGAAAGAUGGCACGUUUCCAAAGACAUCGUUCAUUGCCCGUAGCGCUGGUGCACGAUCCACAGGCGUUAAAGGCGACGCAGUCGCAAAGCGAUGUAAGUGUUGUUGCCGAGAAGCUGAAUCGGGCGCUGGUGGGUGUAAUUGAUGGUGUUGAAGAGGAAGAGGUGGAGCCAAGUACGGACUUGUCGGUUAGUAAUGUAACAGCGGCCACUUCAGGUACGGUGUCUACGCAGAAUGGCAGUGGAGCUACUGUCGACGAGAGCUGUGAUGGCGUUGAGCAUAGACGAGAGACAGACGAGAGUGGCGUUGGUAUCGUCAAUGGCGGUUCCAUUGAUAUCAAUACAUAUACCAUGUUAUUGGGCGAACGUGAUCGUUUGCAAUCUUACAAUGAUUACCAACAAUUGAAGCUAGACGAGAAGCAAAGUGAAAUUACACGCUUACGACAAAAUGUUGACUUCUUGCGUGUACGCUUAAGUACCGCCGAAGAUCAGUUGAAGAGAACUCAGAGCGAGCGUCAAUCGUUUAAUGGUUGGACUAACGGUUCAAUGGGCUACAGUCAGUCGAGCACAACUGGCAUGCCUUAUUGGGGUGCAGGACGCCAGACGCAACAGGUUUUGUUGAAGAAAACAUCGGAUUCAGCGACACAAACGGAACUGGAGCGCUGCAAGUCACCACCGCCACCACCGCCGCCAUCACCAACACCGCUACAUAUUGCUUUGCCAAAAGAGGAACUGCAAUUCUAUGCGACACCGGAAACGCCCGAUGCAAACAACAAUCAUUGCGCGGCUGAUGGUACUCUGGAGGGUUAUGGACGCAACAUGAGGUGUGUGGCGGCAAUACAGCCGAUGUCAUUGAAUUUCGGAAAGUAUAUGGCAGUAAAUAAUGCGGAAGGGCGUUUAUCAAGGGAUAAUGCCACACUGCGCAGGCGCAGCAAUUCUCUUACAAUACCACAAACACGCACCCAGAUCAGCAAUGCAAAUGGCUGCGAGAAGUCACAACAAAACUCGCGCACAAGCCAACCGAGCAGCACGGAUUCGGCUAUUGAGGUCGAAGUGAUUGAAUUGUCCUCGUCGCCAAAACCCACACAUCGUAAACGCUACAGCAUGGAACUCAAUGAAUUUGGUACUUAUUUGCCGAAAAUUCGAUCCCUGCAUUACGAUCAUCGUGAACAGAGAACUCCUUCGCCGUCGGGCAUAUAUAUCGAACGUUGUCCAAAUAGCACUGCAAUUGAAAAUUCGUUGGCGCCCGAGGAGCAACCGGUGAGUAAAGUGCCUAAAAAGCAGCGGAGAGUUAACGGCGGCAAGUCCGCUUCCCGACGCUGGUUACGUUUGUUCGGCAGUUGUCUGCGUUGCAGCAAUCCUCAGCAGAGCGAAAGUGAGCAGUUUGCUCUACAUCAGACCUAUACGCAAAUUCCUUUGCUAGAGACGACAUUUGAUAGAAGCUCCAUGGCGAUUCGCUCGAAUUAGCGUGGUAGGAGACACUCUCUCUGUUUGCUGUGUCUGAAGUUAUCAAUUUCAAAAUUCGAAUUUUCAUUACAUUUAUUGAGCACUUCUUUGGUUCUUCCAACUUUAUUUUUUAUGUAUUUAUUUAUUUAUUUAUUUUUUUUUAUUGUUUAAGUUUUCUCUUCUUUUAUUGUCAAUGUUUUAAGGGAUAUUCUCCAAAACGCUCUCACUUAAAUACCGAAAUUACCUUUAAAUUACUCAAAAAAUAAAAGU